UUUUAUUUUGAGAUUGGCCUCAAAUAUAAAGACAUUAAAUCAGUGCUCGCGAGUAAACACGGUUUUCAUGUAAGUGAGAGACAUCUGAAGCGACUACUUAACGCAAGAGGACACUUUCGUCGAAAAACAUUCUGUGACUUGGCAGUCCUGAUUGAAUUCAUUAGCAACCAAAUACAGUACUCUGGACAGCUUCACGGUUACCGGUGGAUGUUUGCUAAAUGCAGAGAACAUGGACUACGAGUGAGGAAAGAGGAUGUGCGGUUGGUGUUGAAGGAGCUGGAUCCGAGAGGAGUGUCGUUAAGGCAGGCAAGACGUCUCAGACGACGGAGCUACUUCUCAAGAGGGCCAAACUUCAUAUGGCACAUGGACUCUUAUGAUAAACUGAAGCCAUAUGGCAUUUGUGUCAAUGGAAGUAUUGAUGGUUUUUCGAGGAAAAUAAUGUGGCUCAAUGCCUACACAACAAGUAGUGACCCAAAGUUGAUCGGAGGUUAUUAUAUGGAUGUAGUGCAGCGUUUAGGGGGUUGCCCUCGGAUUGUGAGAGGCGAUCUUGGAACCGAAAAUGGCCAUGUCAGAGGCUUCCAGCGUUUCCUCGUCCCCACUCCCCCAGACAGCACUCUUGACAGUUACUUGGAUGGAGCCAGCACCGCCAAUCAGAGAAUUGAAUAUUGGUGGGGUUUUCUUCGCAGCCAGUGUGUGGAGUUCUGGUUAUCCCUGUUUGGAGACCUCAGAGACAAUGGGUUCUUUGAUGGUGGAUUUCUGGACAAAAGCCUCCUUCAAUUUUGUUGCAUGGGACUCAUCCAGGAUGAGUUGGAUGACACUGCACAAGUUUGGAACGCACACACCAUCAGGCCCUCAAAGAACAUAAACGUCCCCAGCGGUCGGCCUAAUGUGAUGUAUGCCUUGCCUGAACUUUACGGGACCAUGCCAUGCGAUCCGGAUUUAUAUGAACUAUGCAAUAUCUUUAUGGCCGAGUCUCAUCUGACUCCACCAACAGAUCCAUAUCAGGCUGUGAACUUGUAUAUGCACCUAAGAGAGGCCAUCAGUGUAUCUCUGUAA